UUCUUAUAACUAGUAGAAUUGGUGGGACUGUAGGCAAAAGACUCAUCAGAAUCCGGAAAAUAACAUGUUGAUCAAGCAAGGUUUCGUUUGAACUCUUCAGCUUUGAAAACAACAAAAGCUAUGGCCGACGAAAACGACGAUUUCCUAAAACCAAAGCACAUAAAAUUCUUUGAAAGAUGCCUUCAAAUUCUUCCCAGCAGAUACAGUUCACUAGAUACAAAUAGGAUGACCAUUGCAUUUUUUGCCCUCUCUGGUCUUGAUCUUCUAAAUUCAUUGGACAGAAUAGAAAAAGAAAAGGAAUCGAUUAUCCAAUGGAUCUACUCAUUGCAAAUCCUUCCAAACGACACAGGCUCCAACAUUUGUCAAUGUGGAUUUAGAGGAUCUUCUACAAAUACUGGCAAGAAUUCUCAGAAAACAGAAAAUAAGUUGAAGCUGGACAGUGGACAUAUAGCAAUGACUUACACUGCAAUUGCCUCCCUUCUUAUCCUGGGUGAUGACCUUAGUGGGGUGAACAAGUCGGCUAUUCUAACAGCUCUCAGAAACCUUCAGCAGGAAGAUGGGAGUUUCUGCUGUGUACCUGAAGGAAGUGAAAAUGACAUGCGAUUUGUUUAUUGUGCCGCCUGCAUUUGUUACAUGUUAAAUGAUUGGUCAGGAAUGAAUGUAGAGAAAGCUGUUCAAUUUGUGCAAAAGAGUCAGUCAUAUGAAGGUGGCAUAGGGCAAGGGCCAGGCCUAGAGGCCCAUGGAGGUUCAACAUUCUGUGCAGUAGCAGCAUUAUCCCUUAUGAACAAAUUAAAGACCAGUUUUAGUGAAAAAAAAUUGAAACAACUACAGCGAUGGUGCAUUUGUCGACAGCAAUCAGGUUUCCAGGGUCGACCAAAUAAACCCACUGAUACUUGUUACUCCUUUUGGGUCGGGGCAACACUAAAGCUGAUAGAUACAUACCACCUCAUUAACUCGGAAUUCAAUCGAGGGUUCUUGAUGGAAACCCAAGGUUCAAUCACCGGCGGAUUCUCGAAAUGGCCUGAUCACACACCAGAUGCCCUACAUGCAUACCUGGGGUUGGGUGGACUGUCCUUGCUGGGCGAGGAGGGGGUCCUCCCGAUGCACGCUGCAUUAAACAUCAGUCAGCGAGCCAGCAACCACCUUCACACCCUCCACUCCAAGUGGAAAAAUUGAUGAUACUCCAUUGUAGAUUUCAAUUAUACAAGAAACAAGUUUUUCUGUGAUUAUUCAUUCUCACCUGCUAUUGUAUAUGUAGGAUUAGGUUUCUGAAUAUUUUUGUAUUGUACAGUUCGCUGUUGUUCUGUACUUUCUUUGCCAAAUGUUUUACCCAUUAGGCAUUGUAUUUUAUAUUGAAGUCAAAUGCCUUUACAAGAUUUAACAUUGUUGUAAGCAUAUGACCUGCAAUACAUAAACUUGCAUUGUUUAAAAUACGAAAUAUAAAUAUGUGUAUACAGCUACGAUUAAAAGAUGUUAUAUUUUUAAUUCUGAUAAAGCAUAGUUUCACUCAGAUUCAAAUACCAAUGAGAUUCCAUUAGAAUAAUGUAGUUUCCAAUCACAAAAAUCUUCUUGUCUAUUAAAGUAAAUGUAUUAGACUUCAUAAAAAGAAUAAAUUUACAAUUGAUUUUUUUAAUGCAGUUGUUUGAGGAAUGAAAAUGUUUUUGAAUUUCAAGAAAAGUGUGCUGAGUUACUGGUAUGUUGGCCAGCAUAAGAAGGGUAUCUUUGUUAAAGUGUGGUUGUCCUUAUGUCUAUUCUGUGAAGUAUAUGGUUGCAGAAGAUGUUUGUAAAAUGCUUCAUAAUAUGAAUUUACUUGGGCAACAAAGUAAACAAGCUAACUGAUAUUCAGUACGCUGUACGAUUUCUAUCAAUUCCUGCAUGCCAAACUCUUCAAAAUUAAUAAGAAAUUAAAGGUUAAUUUU